AAUCGCGGGAAACGCGUCCUGCAUCAGGAGGUAUGCGAGGUUCGUUCACAAUUCAUUAUUAUCACAACAAUUGGGACGGUCAAAAGAGCGAAAUUAGGGCCGCGUGGAGGUCCUCGCGACGUGGAAGCCGACGCUCGUACCUCGGAUGCAGUAGACCCGGUUGCGCGCGAAAAAGGUAGCACCCCUCGACUCACGAGACCAGUUGUUGGUGCCAGCGGUCGUGAGAAUUAUUUUCGAUCAGUUGCCUCCCGUCAUUGGCAUUCCGCAACUCCCAUGGACCACCGUCGUUAGAGGAGCCGAUGCACUUCCAUAAUUCCCAACUUUCGAAGCGUAAGAGUCUGAAAAUGUCAUAUUGAAUGCAGGGUCAUGAAUACCAUUACACAGACCAGCGAGGCGUCCGCGCCGGAUCGCGCCAAAUCCCAAGCGGUAACCAACGUGAAUGCCAAGGCUUCGACGAGCGAGAAGGCGUCUAAUGUCAGGGAGGAUUCGCAGGACGACUCUGAUGGCUCUCCACCCAGUAGAAGCCGUUAUGGUAGAAUGAUAAAGUCUAGGUCUACUGGGAGCAAUUCUGUGGAUUCGCCACAGAAUUUAAAGUCAAAAGGACGUAGACAAGUAUCAAAUUCCAUUGAUAAUAGUAUUGAAAAUAUAGAUGAAAAUAAUAUAACUAAUAACAUGGAUGUGGUUAACGAUUCGUUUGCUACAUUGAACAGCAUAGAGAAAAUUCCAUCUCCAAAAGUAAUCAGUCCUAAAAUUGAAUGGACGAUAGGACAAUUAGCAUGGGCCAGAGUUGGUAAUUUUCCAUUCUGGCCUUGUAUGAUAACAUAUGAACCAACUUCUGGAAUAUAUCAUAAAUCAAAAGCUACAAGCAGGUCAGCUAUUAUGAUGAUACAUGUUCAUUACUUCGGAGAUAGAGGACGUCGCAGUUGGGUCUCAGAAAAUUAUAUGAUGCAAUUUACAACACUUUCUGACUUCCUAAAAUUAGGACAGUCACUGACAGCAGAGAUGAAGAAGAAGGAUCCUAAGUUUGCUGCCGCCUUCAUUAUAAAGCAAAAAUCGAAAACAAAAUGGCAUAAUGCUGUUCAAGAAGCUAUAGAAGCGCAGCCUUUGACAAUUGAAAAAAGAAUUGCACUUUUUACAGUAAAAGUUAAAGUUCAAAAAUCUAAAGAUGCAAAACCACUUAUUAUUGAUGAAAAAAAUAGUAUCAAGAGGAAACUUUCAACUGAGCAAGAUGGACCCGACAUCAAACGUGCUAAACAAGAUAAUGUGCACGAUACAGAAAAAUUAGAAAAAUCGGAAGAAAAAUUAAAGUUACGUAAAUCAGAAUUAACAAAGCCGAAAAAUUCGCGUAUUUUAAACGGUAAAAUUGAUUCGAAAUCAAAUUUAGAUUCUUUACCUUCAACUCCCUCAAAUCGUAAAAGUUCUGGAGGUACAAAUGCAAAGACCUAUAAAAAUACCAAUAAAAAUGACAAAGAUGACGAAAGUGCAUUUAAAGUUUAUUAUGAAAAUAACAAAAGUCUGCUAGAGAAAGAUUAUCCAGAUAUGCCAAAAAGCGAUAUUAAAACAUAUUUACGAAAAAUUUGGGAUGGAAUGGAUGAAGAAUAUCGGAAAAAAAUGUGCACAAGUAAUGACAAAAAUACUUCAUAUUCCAAAAACAACUGUCUGGAUGAAAGUGAGACAUCAAUGGAAAUAAACACAACUAAAGAGUCAUCAAUGGAGAUUAACACAACUAAAGAAGAUGAAAUAUCAGAAAUUAAUACAACUAAAGAAAGUGAUACGUCAACAGACACAUUUAUAAAAGAAAAUAAAAAAAUAAAAACCGAGAAAAUUGACAGGGAAAAUUCUGUUUCGAGUGAGCAAGAUGGGCCUGAUAUUAAACGUGCUAAACAGGACAAUGUAUAUAAUACAGAAAAAUCAGAAACGAAACGAAGGCCGUACAAUCUCUUUAAAGGUAUGAAACAAGAAAAGGUUUGUCAGAUUUGUGAGAAGACAGGUAAACUAACAAGAUGUAAAGGGCCUUGUUAUUCUUACUUUCAUUUAUCAUGUGUAAAACCUGGCGAGUCUAGUCCAGAAUAUUCUGUUGAUGAGAACACAUUGGAUGAGAGAUUACUUAGUGACUUAAACAUUAUUAAGAGAAGUAUUAAUGGUGAAAGUGAAAAUAAUGGUAAAUCAGAUGAACAAGAGGACGAGACAUUCAAAUGUAUUGAUUGCUUAUCUGGAGUAGCACCUGCUUGUUUUCUAUGUAAUGAAAGAGAAGGAGAUAGAAUAAGAUGUAUUGUUCCAGCUUGUGGAAAACAUUAUCAUUCCAAAUGCUUGAUACCAUGGCCACAGUCACAUUGGCAAGGUGGUCGUUUGACAUGCCCUUACCAUGUAUGCCACACCUGCAGUUCCGAUAAUCCUCAAAACAAUCGUUCACGCGCUCCAAAUGAAAAAGUGGCAAAAUGUGUUCGUUGCCCUUCAUCUUAUCAUGCUUCAGCGUUGUGUCUACCCGCUGGUUCAGAAAUUUUAACAGCCAGUCAAAUUAUAUGUCCGAAACAUUACAAAGCACCACAUCCUCCAUUAAAUGCUGCGUGGUGUUUCCUAUGUACACGCGGCGGAAGUCUUAUCUGUUGUGACACUUGUCCGACUUCCUUUCAUUUGGAAUGUCUAGGUAUAAAUGCACCUGACGGUGGAUUUAUAUGUGAAGAUUGCGAAACAGGAAGAUUACCUUUAUAUGGAGAAGUUGUAUGGGUGAAACUCGGUCAUUAUCGAUGGUGGCCGUCUCUUAUAUGUUAUCCUAAUGAUAUUCCUGAAAAUGUGGAAGCUAAAGCUUCUAAAUCUCCUGGCAUAUUUUGCGUAAUGUUCCUGGGAUCUAAUGAUUAUUAUUGGGUGCACAGAGGUAGAGCCUUUUUGUAUCAAGACGGUGAUGCAAAUAUAAAACCACCUCUAGGUAAAACUGGAAUGGAUGAAGUAUAUCGAAAAGCUCUCAAGGAAGCUAAUAUAAUACAUCAACAAUUAAAAGCGACGCGAUCUAUGACUAAAGAGCCGAAAGGAUUGAAACCACCACCAUAUGUAAAAUUAAAAGUCAAUAAACCAGUGGGUAACGUCAAACCAGCCGAAGUCGAGAGCAUCGUGGCGUGCGAAUGUGAUCCCGAAUGGAAUAAUCCUUGCGGACCUGGUACAGAUUGUCUGAAUCGUAUACUAAUGGUUGAAUGCAGUCCCGGCAUCUGUCCAGCUGAAGACAAAUGCAUGAAUCAGUCGUUCGUGCUACGACAAUACCCAGCAAUGGAGCCGUUUCAUACCGAAGGCCGCGGAUGGGGGUUAAGGGCUUUAGAGGAUAUCGCAGCAGGGAAAUUUGUCAUCGAGUACGUGGGAGAAAUUAUAGACGACGCUGAAUAUAAGCGUAGAUUACAUCGAAAGAAGGAAUUGAAAAAUGAAAAUUUUUACUUCUUGACGAUAGACAACAAUAGAACUAUUGACGCGGAACCAAAAGGAAAUCUGAGUCGAUUUAUGAAUCAUUCGUGCGCCCCAAACUGCGAAACGCAAAAGUGGACAGUAAACGGAGACACGCGUAUCGGUCUAUUCGCUUUGCGUGACAUAGAAUCCGGAGAAGAACUAACGUUUAAUUACAAUUUAGCAUCCGAUGGAGAAACACGGAAAGCAUGUCUCUGUGGUGCAUCAAAUUGUAGCGGUUUUAUUGGGCUAAAAGCUCAGAAACAACAGUUGUCGAUAACACCAUCGAUCGUACCAUUAAAGAAAAUUGACAAAUUGAAACGAUACAGACAACCGAGAAAGCGUCUAUGUUGGCGAUGUGGUCAAGAAAUAUCAUUCAACAACAAAUUUAUAGUCUGCUCACAAAAGACCUGUAAGAAAAAGUAUCACAGAACAUGCGUAACAACUGAUGAAUCACGAGAAUCAAAAUUCUCUUGUCCAUGGCAUUUUUGCUCAAAAUGUGGACGUCGAACAUCAGCACAUUGUUCAUUUUGUAGCACUGCCUUCUGUCAAGUUCAUUUUGAUGGAAACUUAUUCGAACGAGAUAACGAUAAGGGUGGCGCAAGUAUAAUUGUAUGCAAGCUGCAUGAAAAUGCGGAUUCACGGAAGUCUGUCGAAGACGAGAAAGAAUAUUCGGAUAACGAAACAGAUAAAGAAUCUUCUUCGGCUAGCUCUACUAGUCCGAUCGUAAUGGAAAAAAUUACGACGCGAGAACCAUCACCAAGGGUUUCUAUUGAAGAGGUUCAUCUCAGUAGUGAAGAGAGUGAAGAAUCUCAAAAGGAAGAGGAAGAAAACAAUCUCGAGACUAAUUUUAUGUCAUGUGAUAAAAAUUCAAGGACAGUGACAAAAAAGACAUUUAAUAAAUCGCAGAAGAAAAUAAAUCAAGCGCAGGCGUUAAGUAAUCUUACAUCUAGUCAACUGGAAGCCAUAAUUGGCGUUAAUCCUUAUAAAUGAAUUUCUGUUACUCAAUGAAAUUCCUUGGUAUAUAUGUAUAGUAAAGCUUAUUAGAUUAUGAUAUAACUUUU